AGCUGGGGGCCGGAGAUGCCUCUCCCCGGGGCCGGGCUGUUCCUUGGGAAGGGACAUUGCCGGCAGGGAGCUGGGAGAGGCGGCGAAAUGCGAGGCAGACUGGAGCAAGUGCAGGGGAGUGCAGUGACCUUCGGUUGCGGCUGUGGGCAGUAGUGCUGCGAGGAAAGGAGUGUUCGAUAGAAAUGACCGCCCCUGUGUGAGGGAGGGCACUGCAGUGCUCAGAAUGAGAUUUGUACGAUGUUUAUCGGGGCCUGGGGGAGGCUCUGAGCGGGGUCAGAAAGGCCCUGCCUUCAGCCCCAUAGCCCAGGCAAGAAUCCACACCAGCCCUGAGCAGAGCCUGCAGUAUGAGUGGCUGGCCUAUAUGUUGGGAGAAAGGACCAGCAAGAAGUUCACAGAGCACAGCAAAGUCUUUACAGUAGAGGGGAAUCUGUCUUCUGGGAAGGGCCAGCUGGCCCAGCAAAUAGCAGACAAACUGGGGAUGAAGUACUUCCCCGAGGCAGACAUCCACUACCAGGACAGGAUCUCGGGGGAGGGCAAGCUGCUGCCUGAGAAGUUCAAUGGCUUCUGUAGCCUGGAGAAGUUCUACGCGGACCCCGAGUCUCCCGACGGGCACUCGUACCGCCUGCAGUCCUGGAUCUUCGGGAGCCGAGUCCUGCAGUACGCCGACGCCUUGGAGCACCUGCUCAGCACAGGUCAAGGCGUGGUGCUGGAGCGCUCUCCCUACAGUGACUUCGUGUUCCUGGAUGCCAUGUUAAAGCAGGGAUAUGUCCACAAGAGAUGCCUUGAUCACUACAAAGAGGGCAAGGAGAUCAGCAUUUCUGAGUUGCUGCCACCUCACUUGGUCAUUUAUGUAGAUGUGCCUGUCCCAGAAGUGCAGAAGAGGAUUAAAGAGAAAGGCAAGCCAUAUGAGAAAAAGGUGUCUCCUUCCUAUCUCCAGAGCAUUGAGGAUGCUUACAAGAAGACCUUCCUACCAGAGAUCAGUGAGAGCAGUGAAGUUCUGCAGUACACAGCAACUGCAGCUGAGGAUGUGGAGAAGGUAAUUGAAGACAUUGAGUACCUGAAGUUUGACAAGGGGCCAUGGGUGGAGCAAGAUGAUGUUUCUUUCCAUCACUUGAGACUUUACGUGCAGGACAAGGCUGGAGUGCUGGAUUCCGUGUCCAUCCCACGCUUCGUCCCCGAGAUCACCAUUGGUGGCUCUGAGUACGACAAGAUCUAUUAUGAGUACCGGGAGCUCCCUGGGCACAAGUACAAACCAGGCUACAAUGCUGAUGUUGGGGACAAGUGGAUCUGGCUGAAAUGAAAUCUGUUCCUGCUGGAGCCCUGGCCAGGAUGGACCACAGGACCUGAGGGAAGAGGAGCCACGUUCAGUGCACCUGCUGCACAUCACUUGUGUAGCACCAAGGAAACACUGCUGAAAUAAUUUCCCAUCCCCAGCAGAAAGGAGUAGACUCCCAGAAGGAAAACCACUUCAUUCUGGUUUGUUUUUCCCUGAGGAACUCAGGGAUGUUGGAUAGUCAGUGUGGGAUAGCCAAGUGAGCUGGGGCAGGCUGAACAUCAGAGCUGAAUUUUCUCUUCCUCAAGACUGUGGCACAUUAUUAUCCAGGAUUAGUGUUGUUCUGCUGAUUCAAGAGGAAUUAAACCUGUACUCUCCUGGCUCUCACAAAAUUAAUAUCUUGUUCUGUCAUGCAUGGUGUUCUAUGAGGUUCAUUAGAAGCAGCAACGUGUUCUGAAAGGCACUGACUGGACCUCAGCAAAGCAUAAGAAGUUCGUUGAGAGAUGGAAAUGAGUUAUCUCAAUUAAUACAGCAAAAAUCUCUGCUUAAAAUUCUAAAAAAAUAGUCAAAAUAAUUGCCAGCAGUUGUACUUACAGCUUCUUGCUUUGAUUCUACUAUAGAGUGAGAUAUUUGUUGGCUAUAAAAGACAAGUGAAAUUA